AUGAACGGGCAGGACGUUCCAGUUCGAGUGCACUGUUCGGAUGGAAAUCUUAUCUCAUACUGGCAUAAUACAACGGACGGAUUGAUAGAGACCACUAAUUAUGUGACCAAUCUAUUCAAUAUUGAUGUAUCAGAAGUCCGUGUAUUUAAAGAUGCAAUCAAUAUGAUUGAACGAAUGAGCAGAAGACAAAAGAAACCAUUGGAAAGUGUCACUGCAUUGAGGAUUAUAGCAUCGGAAGAAGAAUUGAUUUAUAUUUUGAGGGACUGUAAAACUUCAUCGCAAAUAGAAAUUCGCUCAUAUGCUCCACCCAAUUUCCGCUUCUCCGAAAAGUUUCGAAAAAUCGAUUUCUUAUAUAUCUUGUAUGGACAAUGGUUGACACUUGACAAUCUGUUUACAAUGGAUGGGAUCGAUAUUGUUCUGGGAUACUCUAAUCUAUCUGAUAGUGAUUUGAAUGUCUUUCUGAAGCAUUGGCUAGCUGGAGGGUGUCCCCGAUUGAAAUAUUUGGACGCUGGUAUUCAUUCUGUAAACAUUUUGCAAGUACUCGCUGGUUUACUGGAUAAUGCCGUUUUCGUGCAGAAAAGUCGUAACUACACCAGCCCAUUCGGAUACACAUCGAUAUUGUCAGAUGGAUAUGACAUCCAACGUUCAGAUGUUCCACCGGCCGCAUGUCUUCCAUAUCAGAACAACACUGUCUUAUACGCUUAUUCCACUAAUAUCGACUAUGGUACAUAUGAUGGAGGUGUCGAGCAAAUGAUAAAUUUUGCUUAUAUGUAUGCAACAAUGGCAAAUGUUAGAUUCGAUACGAAACAGGAAGAGGAGAUUGAGUAUCACUCGGAUAAAAAGAGUUUGCAAGAUUCCCUGGAUUCCCAUAAACCGGAUCCAUCUCUUGGUUAUGGAGAUAAGACAACUGGAAGCAACUUAUACAAUAUUUUGAAGAAGUUUCUCAAUAAUGGGAACGUUUCAAUAUGUGGGGCCCAAGUGUAUAUAGCUGUAAAACGGUAUCCAGAUGAGUCUGAUGUAUCUGACAUCAUUUCCCAACUACGAGCCAAUCAUGUCAUGGUGUUCAUUGCUGUGGACAGUAUUCCAUCGGGCGGUUCCAACUCUGCAACACUAUAUGAAAUGUCAUAUGAAACAAAUGGAUACUGUUACUUCGCCACCGGCUAUGAUCUUUCGGAAGCUUUUGACUGGAUGACUGCAAUACUUGAUCGUCCUUAUCAAUUCAUUGCUCAAAACUUUGUGGUUUCUGGAUCGGGUCGAAUCGAAAUACCGACAUUCAAAACUCCAAUUCCAAUGGGUAUUAAUGAUGCUGUGCGAUUUGCAAUAACUGUUCAAAACCACACACUCGACAAUUCAUUUGUAUCAAUGAAUUAUACAAUUGAGAGUACUGAUGGAUCUGAUGUUUAUAAAUUUCCAAGUAACAAUGCCCAUCCUCUCUAUGGAACUGCACAAUCAGGUUAUUUCUAUUCGAAUGGACCCUUCUCGUUCAAAUGGACAAUUGACUAUCAAUAUAAUAAUGAUGCACCACAAAUCAUUGAAUGCAGAAUGUACAGUUAUUAUUAUCACGACUUCCUUCCCCUGCCAGAUUUCAAGUGA